AUGCGGGGGGACCGGGCGGCUGCGCGGCCGGCGCUGCUGUUGCUGCUGCUGCUGUCGCGGGCCGCGGCACUGCGCCCGGGCGAGCUCUUCCCCCAUGGGGAGCUGUGGGGGGACCGGCUGCUGCAGGAAGGCGACGAUGAGAGCUCAGCCGCGGUGGAGCUGGCGAUUCCCCUGCGCUUUUUCGAAGCCCAGUUCAGCAGCCUCUACGUGGGCACCAAUGGCAUCAUCUCCACCCAGGACUUCCCCAGGGAGACUCAGUAUGUGGAUGACGAUUUUCCCACAGACUUCCCGGCCAUCGCCCCUUUCCUGGCCGAUAUCGACACGAGCCAAGGCAGGGGCCGGGUCCUGUACCGCGAGGACACCUCCCCAGCGGUGCUGAGCCUGGCUGCCCGCUACGUGCGCACGGGCUUCCCGACCUCCGCUGCGCACUUCGCUCCCACCCACGCCUUCCUGGCCACCUGGGAGCAGGUGGGCGCCUACGAGGAGGUCACGCGGGGGGCUCCACCCUCGGGGGAGCUGAACACUUUCCAGGCAGUUUUGGCCUCUGAUGGGUCUGACACCUACGCCCUCUUUCUUUAUCCUGCUGAUGGCCUGCAGUUCUUUGGGACACGCCCCAAAGAGUCUUACAACGUGCAGCUCCAGCUUCCAGCUCGGGUGGGCUUCUGCCGAGGGGAGGCCGAUGACCUAAAGAGAGAAGGACCAUGUUUCAGCUUGACUAGCACUGAACAGACUGUGAAAAACCUCUACCAGCUGAGCAACCUGGGUGUGCCUGGAGUGUGGGCUUUUCACAUUGGUAGCAUCUCCCCGCUGGACAACGUGAGGCCAGCGGCAGCCGGUGGAGACCUUCCCGCGGCCCACGCCUCAGCUCCUUUGCAGCAAUCCUUCAGCCCAGCUGCAGCCCUGGAGGGUGACUACACAGAGGACAAUUUGGAUUAUUACGAUGAGAAUGAGGAGGAAGUAGAGUACCCCCCCGGGGGGCCAGAGCAGGCAGCCAACGGCCACAGCAGUGUUCACGUGGCCUUCCACCCGGAGAGCUCCCCUGCACAGCCUGAACUGGCCUCCCCUUUGCCGCACCCAACACCCAGUGACCGGUUACACUACCCUGAAAGAGAGCCUGCCACCUCAGACCCUCAGACCAAAGAGGGGGCAUCUUUGGAGGAAGUAGAAGCACCCGACUUAAAAGGCCAAAUUGAGUCUCCAGACCAGGUGGGGAGCAGAAGCCUGACUCCGCCCCAGGUAGACACCGAGUCCCAGGCCCCUUCCUGGGCUGUCCCACCACCCUACCCAGAUGCCAGGGUCACGCCCUCAGAAAGGAGUCUUCAUCCAGCCCAUCCGGAAGGAGAAGCUGUUGCCCCGACUCACCCUGUGUCCAGCCACACUCCGUCCCUGGGUCGUGGAAGGUACGUGGUAGGAGUGGAAGACGACAUCGGCUCUAACACCCAGGUGUUCACAUACAACGCUGCCAGCAGGGAAACCUGUGAGCACAAGCACGGCCAGUGCUCCCGGCAUGCCUUCUGCACGGACUACGCCACCGGCUUCUGCUGUCACUGCCAGUCCAGGUUCUAUGGAGACGGGAAGCAUUGCCUUCCGGAAGGGGCCCCUCAUCGAGUCAACGGGAAAGUGAGCGGACACCUCCUUGUGGGCCACACCCCCGUGGACUUUGCCGAUGUGGACCUGCAUGCCUACAUUGUGGGCAAUGAUGGCAGGGCCUACACGGCCAUCAGCCACAUCCCGCAGCCAGCGGCCAUGGCCCUCCUGCCCCUCACACCUGUCGGGGGUCUGUUUGGCUGGCUCUUUGCUUUAGAAAAGCCAGGCUCUGAGAAUGGCUUCAGCCUCACAGGUGCCACCUUUACCCACAACAUGGAAAUUACUUUCUCCCCGGGAGAGGAGAGGGUUCAUAUCACUCAGACGGCCGAGGGACUUGAUCCAGAAAACUAUCUGAGCAUUAAGACCAACAUUCAAGGCCAGCUACCUUACAUCCCAGAAAAUUUCACAGCCCACAUUGCCCCCUACAAGGAGCUGUACCAGUACUCGGACUCAGCCGUGACCUCCACCAGUUCCAGAGAGUACUCUCUCACCUCCGGUGCCAUCAACCUGACUCGGUCCUACCGCAUCCGCCAGAACGUCACUUACCAGGUGUGCAGGCACGCCGCCAGGCGCUCGGCCGUCCCCGCCACCCAGCAGCUGACCGUGGACCGGGUUUUUGCCUUGUACAGUGAUGAAGAGAGAGUCCUCAGAUUUGCUGUGACCAAUCAGAUUGGCCCUGUCGAAGGGGACUCAGACCCCACUCCAGUGAAUCCUUGCUACGAUGGGAGCCACACGUGUGACACAACAGCACAGUGCCAUCCGGGGUCAGGUGUGGAUUACACCUGUGAGUGUGCACCUGGGUACCAGGGAGAUGGGCGCAGCUGUGCGGAUGUAAAUGAAUGUGCGACUGGCUUCCACCGCUGUGGCCCCAACUCUGUGUGCAUCAACUUGCCUGGGAGCUACAGGUGUGAGUGCCGGGGCGGGUACGAGUUUGCAGGUGACCAGCACACCUGUGUCUCGACCACCCCGCCUCCCAGCCCCUGUGAGGAUGGCAGUCACAACUGCGCUCCUGCCGGCCAGGCCCGCUGCAUUCCCCACGGAGGCCUUGCGUUCAGCUGCGCCUGCCUGCCUGGCUACACGGGCAACGGGCACCAGUGUUCCGAUGUUGAUGAAUGCGCCGAAAACAGAUGCCACCCAUCAGCUACCUGCUACAAUACCCCUGGUUCCUUCUCCUGCCAGUGUCAACCUGGAUAUCACGGGGAUGGACUUCACUGCACACCUGACUCCAGCUCAGACCUGACGCCCUGUGAACAACAGCAGCGCUACGCCCAGGCUCAGCACGCCUACCCUGGGGCCCGGGUCCACAUCCCUCAGUGCGACGAGCAGGGCAAUUUCCUGCCAUUGCAGUGUCACGGCAGCACCGGCUUCUGCUGGUGUGUGGACCCUGAUGGUCACGAAGUCCCUGGUACCCGGACUCCCCCUGGCUCCACCCCACCUCACUGCGGACCACCACGAGAGCCCACCCAGAGGCCCCGCACCGUCUGUGAGCGCUGGAGGGAGAGCCUGCUAGAGCACUACGGCGGCUCCCCACGGGACGACCAGUACGUGCCCCAGUGCGACCACCUGGGCCACUUCAUCCCACUGCAGUGCCACGGGAAGAGCGACUUCUGCUGGUGUGUGGACAAGGAUGGCAGAGAGGUGCAGGGCACGCGCUCCCAGCCCGGCACCACCCCUGCAUGUAUACCCACGGUGGCUCCUCCCAGCAUCCAGCCAACGCCCCGGCCUGAAGUGACCCCUCCGUCCGUGGGCACCUUCUUGCUGUAUGCCCAGGGACAGCAGAUUGGCCACCUGCCCCUCAAUGGCACCCGGCUUCAGAAGGACGCAGCCAAGACCCUGAUGUCACUGCAUGGCUCCAUAGUCGUUGGGAUUGAUUACGAUUGCCGGCAGAAGACUGUGUACUGGACGGAUGUCGCUGGGCGGACGAUCAGCCGCGCCAGUCUGGAACCGGGAGCAGAGCCCGAGACGAUUGUUAACUCAGGUCGCAACUUGUACUGGACAGACUGGAAUAGAGAAGCUCCUAAAAUUGAAACAUCUUCUUUAGAUGGAGAAAACAGAAGAAUUCUCAUCAAUAAAGACAUUGGAUUACCCAAUGGCUUGACCUUUGACCCCUUCUCCAAACUGCUGUGCUGGGCCGAUGCAGGUGCUGCCCCAAGGGACGGCGUUAUAUCAGUAAAUAAAGACAGUGGUCAGUUUACUGAUGAGUAUCUCCCAGAGCAGCGAUCUCACCUCUACGGGAUAACUGCGGUCUAUCCCUACUGCCCAGCAGGGAGGAAGUAAAUAGGAAUGUCAAGGUGGACUUGGAGUUUACAAUCAGAACCUGGACCCUAAAGAACAUUUACUGCAAAGGUGAAGAAAGUGAAAAAGGCACUGGCCACGAGAAGUUCCUGUAUACAUCAGAUGAACAUUUUUAGUGCAAAAAAACUACAUUUUGUGAAGUUUAUACCUCAAUCUUUACUACUGUAUCUUUAAAAAC